GCCCAAGAUGGCGGCGGGGCCGCGGCGGCCGUGAGGGGAGCGGGGCCGGGGCUGCCCCGGUGCGGCCUCGGCGGCUCCGCGGCUCCGGAGCCCGGGCCCGGUCGCUAUGAUCGGCGCCCCCGACGUGGUGGCGUUGGCGAGGCAGGAGGAGGAGGAGGCGGCGGCGGCGGCGGGAGCCGAGGCGUGGAGGGAGCCGCCGCUGCCCGAGGAGUACUCGGUGCCCCUGGCGCCCUUCGGCGGGCCCGGCGCCAGCCCCUGGGCCAGGGCGGGCGGCUCCAAGUUCCUGCGGGACUUCAUCCUGGUGGCCGAGUUCUCGGAGCAGGUGGGGCCGCAGCCCCUGCUCACCGUCCCCGAUGACGCCAAGGUGCCGGGCAGCUUCGACCUCAACUACUUCUCGCUGCGCAUCAUGUCGGUGGACUACCAGGCGUCCUUCGUGGGCCACCCGCCCGGCUGCGCCUACCCCAAGCUGAACUUCGUGGAGGACUCCAAGGUGGUGCUGGGGGACUCGAAGGAGGGCGCCUUCGCCUACGUGCACCACCUGACGCUCUACGACCUGGAGGCCCGCGGCUUCGUCAGGCCCUUCUGCAUGGCCUACAUCUCGGCCGACGAGCACAAGAUCAUGCAGCAGUUCCAGGAGCUCUCGGCCGAGUUCUCCAAAGCCUCCGAGUGCCUGAAGACGGGGAACAGGAAGGCUUUCGCUAGCGAGCUGGAGAAGAAGCUGAAGGACCUCGAUUACACCAGGAGCGUGCUGCACAGCGAGACCGAGAUACAGAAGAAAGCCAACGACAAAGGGUACUACACCACCCAAGCCAUCGAAAAGGCCAACGAGCUGGCCAGCGUGGAGAAGUCCAUCAUCGAGCACCAAGACCUGCUGAAGCAGAUCCGAUCCUACCCCUACAGGAAGCUGAAGGACUCCGACUUCCACCCCUACGAGCCCGAGUGCGCCCCGGACCAGGCCAGCGUGGGCAGCGACCAGGACCUGGCUGCCUCCGACCUCGCUGAGCCGGGCGAGACGACCCCCUACUCCCACGUGCCCUCCUACACCCCCAAACUCAUCAAAGCCAAGUCCGCCAAGUGCUUCGACAAGAAGCUGAAAACGCUGGAGGAGCUCUGCGAUAUUUAUUUUUUCACCCAGACCCUGGAUCAGCUGCAUCAGAUCGAGAGGACGUUCAGGGGCGACGUGUGCUACCUCCUGACAAACCAGAUCAGUCGGGCGCUUUUGAAGCAGCAAAGCAUAACUAACUUCCUCUUCGAAGACGCCUCUUUUCUCGAUGAAAAAGCACCUGAAAAGCACUACCGAGGCUGUCAGGAACUUGGCCAAGACGCCAUCGAAAGAAAGUGUUCGGAAGAGUCCCCCACCCCGAAAGUGGUCAUCAGCCUGGGGUCCUACAAGUCCAGCGUGGAGUGCGUGCCCAUCAAGAUGGAGCAGGACAUCGACGACCCUCCGGAACCCGCGAUGACCGAAUCCGUAACUUUCGAACACCAGGAGAACCUGGACUAUCUCGAUGCCGACAUUAAAGGGAGCAUCAGCAGCGGUGAGAGCAUUGAGGUUCUUGGAACGGAGAAAUCUGCGUCGGGGCUGACGAAAUCGGAGAGCCAGGCCAGCUUGCCCAUCAGCCCCAGCCCCCAGGCGGGCAGGAGCAAGGUGGGCAGCAGGAGGACCGUCAGCGAGGACAGCAUCGAGGUCCUCAGCACCUGCCCCUCCGAGGCGCUCAUCCCGGAAGACUUCAAAGCGAGCUACCCAAGUGCCAUUAACGAGGAACCUUACGCAGACGACGAGGAGGGAGGCCUUCGCUUCACCCCCAGGUUAAACCCGGACGACGCCGACGAGCCGGAGGACGGCUCGAACCCGGAAAACCCGGCGCAGGUUGAUUCUGCCUGCUGCAUCGGCAAGGAGAGCCCCCGCUUCCUCGAGCCUCUGCCCGGCCUGGGCCCCAAGCUGUGCGACGAGGACGGGGUGGUGAGGAUCCCCCCGCAGCCCUACCGGCAAGCCGAGCAGGGGCCGUGCGGCGGCUUCGCCGGCUCCCCGCACCCCGACGGCGUGCCGGGAGGGCUCCUUCCCCACGAGCUCGACUCGCGCUACCCGGCGGGCGGCGGGGAGCUCAGCAGGACCAGCCUGGACGAGUGCUCGGACUCCACGAGCUACAUCAGCAGCGCCGCCUCCACCUGCUCCGACCGCACGCCGUCGCCCGCUCACCCCCCGUGCCCGGCGAGCGAGAGGCACAAAAAAAAAGCCGGGCAGAACGCCCUGCGCUUCAUCAGGCAGUACCCCUUCGCCCACCCCGCCAUCUACUCCCUGCUCAGCGGGAGGACCCUGAUCGUGCUGGGGGAGGACGAGGCGAUAGUGAAGAAGCUCGUGACCGCCCUCUCCAUCUUCGUGCCCAACUGCGGCGUUUACGCCAAGCCCGUGAAGCACUGGGUCACGGCCCCGCUGCACGUGGUGGAUUUCCAGAAGUGGAAGCUGGUCGGGCUCCAGAGGACGGCCUCGCCCGCGGGGGUGAACGUGCUGCACGCCCUCAGCCGCUACAGCCGCUACGUGAGCAUCCUGGACGCCGACAGCAAGACCCUGCGCUGCCCGCUCUACAAAGGCGCCGUGGUGGCCCGGCUGGCGGACCACCGCACCCAGAUCAAGCGAGGCAGCACCUACUACAUGCACGUCCAAAGCGUCCUCACCCAGCUGUGCUCCAAAGCCUUCCUCUUCGCCUUCUGCCACCACCUGCACCUUCCCGUCGCCGACAGGGAGCCGGAGGAAGCCGUCGCGAGCCGCAGGGUGAGCUUUCUGAAGCACCACCUGGGCCUCGCCAAUGAAGAUCUGAAAAUUGUACAGUAUUUAGCCGAGCUGCUGAAGCUGCAGUACAUUCAGGAACCCGGCCAGGGGGCGAAUCCCCUGCUCAGAUUUGACUAUGUUCCCAGCUUUUUGUACAAAAUCUAGCGUCCCGUGGGCCGUCCGCCUGCACGCUCGGGUCCUGGUACCCAUCGCGCGUGCUUGACGUUGAUGCCGUCUGCAGUCGCUGUCAUCCAUCAGGAAGGGGCAAAGAAGCCAGCGUGUCUGCGAGCAUCUCUGCUCCCUAGAAAUCAGUGUCCGGGGGGCUGAAUUUGUGAGGUUUCCUGUCGCCGAGAACGUAGGCGUGCCGUCACGCGGAACGCUGGGCGCUCCAUUUCUAAGGGUUAGGAGGGGCACUGGUAACUUCCGAGGCGUAUCGUGGUAGCACCCUGGGGCGUUACGGCACGGAGAGGGAGAUGGGCUGGCCUGGGAGCAGCGCGUAGCGAGGUGCAGCCCCCAGAUAGGCAGCGCUCUCCACGCUUCUGCCGGAGCCCUAAGUGCUCUCGCUCCCUUCCGCGGAGCCGGGCUGGAGAUCAGAGGGGAAACACGAAGGCCGGCGAAGGUUUUAACCCAGCGGUGAAGGUUUUAACCCAGCAGAGCCCGACGUGAGCGUGGGGUGGCGCCGCUGUGCCCGCAGCAGCUCCCUGGCAGGACGGCAGCGGGCGCUUACCUGCGCGAAGCGGUAGCUGGCGGUGUCCCUCUGCAUCUCCUGAGUUUCCUGGCGCUUCCCAAAAUCCCUGGGCCUGAGGGGCAGCAGUGAAGGCAGGCCCGCUUCUCUCCGGAAAGCGUUUGGCAGCUUCUCAGCUUUGUUAAAACCUGGAAAGGGAAGGGGCUCCUUGAGCAGGCUGGCGCUAGCACCGCCGUGAAUGUAGCACCGUGCCUUGUUCGUUUGUCACCUCCUGCGUGCUGGGCAGCCGCCGAGAACGGUGGGAGGGAGACCAGGAAUCCUCAGAGCUUUUCAGGCCGAGGGUGGGCCUCCUCGGGAGAGGUGGGAGCUGAACGGAGGCGGGAGCCUUAUUUUUAGGGGCUUUUUGUGACGGGGAAGCGAGCGGUGCAGUUCAGCUGAAGAUACGCUGCGUGACGGUGAGCCCAGCUGGUGAGAGGUCUGGGAGGAAGGGACUGGGUUCCACGUUGUAUCCAUACAGGUUUUUUUUUUUUUUCCUCUUUCUGUUGGGCAGUUGACCUUGGUGCUAAAGCAGGGUCAGCGUCCCAGCGUGCUGCUUCUGGCUGUGCCGAUUUAUUUUAUCGCCAAGCCUUUGCCAUGGCUCACCUACCUCUCGUUCCUGGGUAGUUCUGGACGGGGCAGAGCCGCAGCUCUUCCCUUCCAAAGCUCCCGCGUUGCUCUCAGUGCCAGGAAGGCUGUGCCACCGUCACCGCGAUGCUGCCGGGAGGUUGUUCCUGACGGUGCUGGGAGCUUCGUGCCCAGUGCUUCCCUUGGGAGCCCCCCGGGAGGUGUCGCUGGCUGCCUGUCCGGGGCUGCAGCCCCUGCUCCGUCCCAGUCCUGCGGUACCAGCUGCCCCCGCGGCACUUCGAAGCAAGAGAAAAAGCUCUUGCUGGGAAAGCAGCCUCGCUUUUAUUUCUUUUUAGCACUCUUCUGAUUACGUGUUGAGAACAGCUGUGGUCUUACAAGAUGAGCUGAAGAUUUUGGGUUUUGUUUUGUUUUGUUUUGCCUGUUUUUAAAACCUCUGUUUACCACGAUCGCGCGAGGCAGUGCCGCACCAGAACGCGAGCCUUCCAUGCCUGGCGAAGUUUGUGUGGCCUGGGGCUUGUCAGCAAGAGCUCGACCCCGCUGGAACUUGCUGGGAUAACUGCUCUGAAACCCGUGCCCUGAAGGCAGGGAGUUGCCCGGGGUGGGCUCUCCUCCUGCUGCCGGCAUCCACGCUUCGGUCCCACGGCCGCCUCUUCCCUGCCUGGAAAGGGCUCUCGGGGAGCUGAGGAGGCACGAACCGACGGGGCAGAGGGUUUAGUUUAAACACUAGCAUUACUUGUAGGGACUUACAGCGAGGCAGUCGGGGUGCUUGAGCUCGUGGUGCUCUCCAGGGAGGUUUCCGAGGUCAGGAGGGGCUUGUUGGGGCAUUUCUGGGGCGCGGCGCGGCUUUGCCUUUGCCGAAGGCGAGUGGUAUGCCGGGAUGUCAGCUGCUGUGUGCACGGGCCGCGCACCCUGACAGCGCGCUCAGAGCCUUUCCCUUCGUGAUUCUGCGCCCUCCCGUACGCUGCUGUCGCGUGUGAGCCGGGUCUGCUGGUGAAAAACUUCCGUGUCCGCAGACAACGCUUCGUGAAGUGACUCGAGGCGUCCUCGUGUCGAUUCGUGCGCAUCUGAGCGACUUCCAAACUGGAGGCGAGGCUCCCCGGGGGAAGGAGCGCCUCAGGUGGCACCAGGACGUCCUCAGCUCCCCGCACCCUACCUGACCCGUGGCUCUGUUCAUCACGGCGGCUCGUGGUCUGUGCUGGAAGACAUCCUGGCGCUGUUUGGGUUUGAGGAGGAAGGGACGGACUCUUCCUGCUGGCUCACGUCUCUCUUCCCGCAGGCCGACAGCUCAGGAUCAGGGCAGGAUGGACGCCCAGGGACGGCUGGUUUCGCGCUCGGCGGUCUUUACCUGGAGGAUUCAGCCGCACUCGUGCAGCGGCAGACAAGUCACCGCUGGCUUCUCCCUCUGCCCACCCGAUAGGACUGACGUGCGAGGCUGUGCUGGGCGACGCUUGCACCUCCACCCGCCUGACCUGCUUCAUCGCUCUGCCACAAAGCAGCUCUGGAUUCGGGAGGACGCCUCGGGGGCUUUACAGGGCCCGUGGCCCGUUCUGAAACGGGAGCUCUGCGUCACCUGCGGCCGUGAGGAGCCUGGGAGCGCGCGCCCUUCCAAAACUGGCUCGGGACGUGGAUCGGGUAACCCCUGAGCUCGCCGUCCCGUGGCGGGGAGUUGCGCUCGCCGAUGCUCCCGCACCUCUCGACGGAGG